AUGGAUUUCAAAAACACACCUUCAUCAUCAUCAUCAAUAGCUACUGAUGAUUAUGGUAGUCAUGCUCCUGGAAUUCGGAAGGCAAUGAAAAUUCUUGAAGCUCAAUUUCGUCAUUCGAAUGCACCAUCAUCCGUUCAUCAUUAUGAGGAUGUCAUCAACAUUUACAACAACAACAUGAUGAAGAAUGUUUUUAAUGAUGUUUAUAAUCCUAAUCAGUUCUUCGCAAGAUCAUCACAAUCACAUGAGCCAUCAUCCGAUCAGACCGUUGUUGCUCCUACUGAUACUGAUGCUUCGGUCGGGUUUCAUUUCAAGAAGAAGAAUGUUGAUGAUGGUAGAAUCCACAGUCUACCACAUAAGAAAUACGGACCCUACACAUGUCCAAAGUGCAACCAAGUGUUAGCUACUUCACAAAAAUUUGCUUCUCAUGUGACGUCAAAUCACUACAAAUUUGAUACUGCCGAGGAGAAAAAAAAGAGAUACAUGUCUAGGAACAGGAACAAACCAAGUCUCCGAAUUCACAAGCUCGAUAAUCGACAAACUACUUUUGUUCCCGUUGUUCCAUCUAUUGAUCAGCCACUUGUUGCUUCUAUAGUCAAUAAUGAUGAUCAAAAUCAAAGUUCUUCUUUGGCGCUUCCUCUCAAUAGAGUUAAACUCGACUUUGAUCUUAUAGAUGGUUAA